AUGACUUUGGGUUCAAAUUUUCGGUCUUAUGGUCAAACCGAAACUCUUAUUUCAUCCAUUCGUAAUAUCAUAAAGGAUUAUCCCUUUGAAAGUAUAUUCAAAGAAUUCCUUCAGAAUGCGGAUGAUGCUGGCGCUAAAAGGUUUCACGUAAUCGUUGACGAUCGCUCACACCCUACCAAAUAUUUACUUUGUGAUGAGAUGAAGGAAUGGCAAGGACCUGCCAUUUUGAUAUUCAAUGAUGCAAGAUUCAAAGGAUCUGAUUUUGAUUCUCUCAUGCGGAUACGCGUUGGUGGAAAGCAAGAUGAUUAUACAAAGAUUGGAAAGCAUGGAUUAGGUUUCAAUUCAUGUUAUCACUUUACAGAUGUUCCUAGUUUCAUCAGCGGUGAUUCCAUUGCAUUUUUGGAUCCUCAAGAAAAAUUCCUACCAAAGAGAAAUAACAUCCCUCAACGUGGUAUCAUUGGACCUUUUCCCAAAAAUGGCAUUCGUGAUUUUUCUGAAAGACAUCAAUUUGUUCCAUACGAAGGCAUCGAAGGCAUUGAUUUUCAAUCAACUUUUAAUGGAACACUCUUCCGAAUACCACUUAGGCAACGACCGAGCGAAAUAUCUGAUAGGAUCUUUUCCGUAAAGGAAGUUCUUGAACUGUUUAAAAAAUUUAAUUCAAAUGCCACUUCCCAGUUUUUAUUUUUACGAAAUAUUGAAGAAAUUGAAGUGUCAAGUAUAUCCAAUGCCACAUCUUUUCAAAUAGAUUCCCUCUGGAAGGCAAUUGUAAAUGGAUUGGAUGAAGGCAUACGAAAUAAAAGAAAACAUAUUGAGAAUGAAGAUGUUCAAAUUUUUCAGAUGGAAAUCGAACUGAUUUAUGAUUCGAACACAGUACAAAAUGAUCAAUGGAUUAUUGCAAUUGGUGCUCAACCUAACCCUGAUGAUUCUGAAUUACAAAAAUAUGCAAAACGAUAUCGAUUACGUGCGUUGGGUGGUGUCGCUGCUUUACUUAAAAGCAAAAUCCAGAAUGACUCUAUUCAUCCUAAUCAAGAAAAUGAAAAACCGAGUGACUUUAAUGGAAGAUUGUUUUCAACCUUUCCACUUCCUGACACCACAUGUUUGCCUGUUCACCUUAAUGGAACCUGGGCUCAAGGUUCAGAUCGGGCAAGAUUGUUGAUUGAAAAAGAUAACAAAUUGCCAGAUAUGGAUCAUCAGAAACUCAAUUGGAAUAGACAUAUCCUACUUGAAUUCCUUCCCGAUCUUCAUUGCAAACUCUUGGAAGAAAUCAUCAAAUUGCAAAAUUAUAAAGAAAUUGAUUUCAAAAACUGCAUUUCAAAGUUUUGGCCAUUUCCACUUUCUACACAUAGCUAUCCAAAGUAUGUAUUUAGCUAUGGUUGCAAAGUACUCCAAUGUAUGCUACAAUCUGAAACCCUUUUUCAAUUAAUCAACUCUGAUGAUCAUUUUUAUCAGCAUUCUCAAAAAGUCUAUUUUUCUGAUGAGAAUAACAAUAUAGACAUUCUCUUCAAGUGCUUGUCAAUUGAUAAUAUUGAAGAUUUCUAUCAAUUACUACGAAAUAAUUGGAGUGAAUUAGGAACGAAAAAGAAAUCCCUCAAAUUAAUGAUCCGAAAAUUACCUAUUUGGCCAGUACGAUGGUUUCUCGGAAAUCUCUCGUUGAAAUUUGUCCCAGUUUCAAUUGGGUACUUUUUACCCAUUGGUUUUCAAAUGUAUCGACCAAAGAGUGAGAAAAUUUUUUUAAAUAAUACUGAUGUAACAGACGUUGAAAUUUUGAGAGAUCUUGGCGCUACCUGGUAUGAAAUUCAUGAUUACGCAUUUAAUGAUGUUGAAUUACCUGAAAAAAGUGAUCACAACUAUGUUAAUUUUCUGGAUUCCGUUCUGGAUAAUGCAACUUCUGAAGAUGAAUGUAAAAUCACUAAAGAUUUAAAGAAAUUUAAUUAUCUCUUUCCUAAUGCAAUUACUGAUGAUCUGAUGCCGAUUUCUAAACUAUUCAAUUAUGAAAAUCUUGUUUUUCGAACUGUAUUCGGAGGAAACUCAAAUGCUUUUCUUCACCGCGAUCUUAUAAAACAUAAAAGAAAAUUAUCAAAUAUUGGAUUUAAUGACGAAUUGAAUUCGGAGACAUUUAAUAGAUGUGCUUUGAAAAUCGAAGCAUUGCAAGAGAUAAAUCCACCACCUGAUAUACGCCAUCGUGGUUUUGUAUUGGUCGAUCAUUUUUAUAAAGAUGUGAAGAAAUAUGAACUUGAAAAAAUUGAUAGGAUUCCAUUCGUUCCAAUUUCUAAAUUUUUGUACAAACCUUACGAUAAGUAUUAUAAUCAACCUCAAUUUUUGGAUUGCUUUAACAAUAUAAUCCAUCCUCAAUAUAAAGGUGUAGCAUGGAGUCAAAAAGCAUUAUUCGCUGAAGAUGUCAUACCACCUCCAAAUGCACUUGAAAAAUACCCAUCACUUGGUAAACCAAGUGAUAUCACGGUAAUCAAGCACCUUAAAUUCCUGCGCAAUAACAUUAUUGAUGAUGACGAAUGGAGAAAUGAUUGGAAAGGAACAUUCGUGUCUAACGUUUUUGAGGUUUAUGAUUGGCUUGAAGAAAAAUGUUCAAAUGAAAAUUUGAGGUUGAGUGAAUACAUUAAAGAACAUGAACCCUUAUUCCUUAAUCUUGGUAAAGGUCAAGAUCCAUUCGAUACUGAAAACUGGGUUGCUGCAAGCAAUUUGGUUUUGAAUGUUGAACCAGGUGAGAAUAAAUAUAUAAAUCCUCGCCUGUCAAAGUAUUACGCAAUGCUAAAAAGUGCAGGCGUCAAAGAAAUAAAAGCACCAAAUGUCAAAAUACAAGUUAGAGAACAUGAUCAGUCAAGCAUUAACAAAAAAAACCUGCUGGAAAUUUUAUCCAAUCAGGUAAACUCUUUGCAUGAUGUUGUUUUUAAUGUAAAUGGCGAGGAAAUAUGGGCAAGUCGAAGCGAUCUUGCCGCAAGCUCUAAAUUUUUUUAUAAGAAAUUCACUUCAGGAGAAUGUGCAAACUCUAACCCAGCUACAAUCGAUAUUAAUGAUGUUAGUCCUACCUCAGUACGUAUUUUGUUGCAUUACUUAUAUGGCCAAAAUAUUGAUAAUGCAAUUUGGAGUUAUCAUUCGAACACAACAUCAAAUUUCGAAACAUACAGAGAACUACUUGCAUUGGCAAAUGAUUAUGAAUUAGAUCAUUUAAAAGAACUCAUGGAAUUAAAGCUCUCUCGAACAGUCAACAGAUCAAACGUGAAAGAUAUAUUAAAUUUAACAAAAUAUUUAAAUGCAAGCCAGCUCGAAGAAUAUUGUAACCGUUACAUUGAGGAUAAUAAAAAUUUGUGA